AUGCUCCGAGAGCGAGAGAUAAGUGAGUGAGCGAGUGAGUGAGAGAGCGAGGGCGCAUGAGCGCGCGAGUGAGCCAGCGGGUGAAUUGCGCGUGCUCCGUCGCCGCCGCUUCAGAGGAGGAGAAGACGUUUAUUCCGCUGCUGAAUGAGCGAAGGGACGGAGGGAAGGAUGAACAGAUAGAGGGACGAGUGAGCGAAACCAAUGAACGGAUCCCGACCCGAGCUUUUCCCAGAGUGCCGACCCGGUGAGACAACACCAAGUUUUGGACGUCACCCUCCAACACUGAGCUGACCCAGUAGAGCUACAGUAUAAAGGCUGCGUCAACGGAAAUGACACCUGCGGCCAUGUCUGACCUCUCCCGCGUCUCCCCCUCCUCCCCCUCCUCCUCCCGACUCUUCCUCCUCCUCUCCUUCCUCGUGCUGCUGUCAUGCCCUGGAUCGGUGCACGCAGGCUCCGCAGCGAAAAACUGUUCGGCCACCGGAGACCCGUGUCAGGAAGGAGUGGUACUGCCCGUGUGGAACCCCCAGAACCCCUCUGUAGGGGAUAAAGUGGCGCGGGCCAUUGUUUACUUCGUAGCACUCAUCUAUAUGUUCUUGGGCAUGAGCAUCAUAGCGGACCGCUUCAUGUCUUCUAUAGAGGUCAUAACCUCUCAGGAGAAAGAGAUCACUAUAAAGAGGCCGAAUGGUGAGACGACCACGGCCACGGUCAGAAUCUGGAAUGAGACGGUUUCUAAUCUCACUCUAAUGGCCUUGGGUUCUAGUGCCCCGGAGAUACUGCUCUCUGUUAUUGAGGUGUGCGGUCACGGUUUCGAGGCCGGCUCUCUUGGUCCCAGCACCAUCGUGGGCAGCGCUGCCUUCAACAUGUUCGUCAUCAUCGCCCUGUGCGUGUACGUGGUCCCCGAAGGAGAGACGCGCAAAAUCAAACACCUUCGGGUGUUUUUUGUCACGGCUGCCUGGAGCAUCUUUGCUUACAUCUGGCUCUACCUGAUUCUGAGUGUCUUUUCCCCCGGAGAGGUGGAGGUGUGGGAGGCGGUGCUGACCUUCCUCUGCUUCCCGCUCUGCGUGGUCCAGGCCUGGGUGGCCGACCGCCGCCUCCUCUUCUACAAGUACGUCCGCAAGCGUUACCGCGCCGACAAGAACCGCGGCAUCAUCAUCGAGACGGAGGGGACCGACGGAGGGAUGGACGGAGGAGGCGGCGGAGGAGGAGCCCUGGGUCCAGGGGGCUUCACCAAGAUGGACAUGCUGGAGUUGGACGGGCAGAUGGCGUUGAACUGUCACAGUGGGAUGGACGGAGCGUUGAUGGAGGAGGGAGCGAAGGACGAGGAGGAUGAGGCCCGGAGGGACAUGGCCAGGACGCUGAAGGAGCUGAAGCAGAGGCAUCCAGAUAAAGACAUGGAGCAGCUGAUUGAGAUGGCCAAUUACCAGGUCCUGAUGCAGCAGCAGAAGAGCCGGGCGUUCUACCGUAUCCAGGCAACCAGGAUGAUGAUCGGCGCCGGCAACAUCCUGAAGAAGCACGCCGCCGACCAGGCUCGCAAGGUGGUGAGCAGCCAUGAGACGCAGGCCCAGGAGGACGACCCUCACACCAUCAGGAUGGAGUUCGAACCACCUUUGUACCAGUGCUUUGAAAACUGCGGCUCCCUGAAACUGACUGUUGCGAGACACGGCGGAGACCCCGGAGUUACUGUCAAGGUGGAUUAUCGCACAGAGGAUGGGACGGCCAACGCAGGUUCAGAUUAUGAGUUUGCGGAGGGAACGCUGGUGUUUAAGCCUGGAGAGACCCUCAAAGAGAUCACAGUCGGUGUGAUUGAUGACGACAUCUUUGAAGAGGACGAGUAUUUCUACGUCCACCUCAGUAACCCUCGUGUGGUGGGCUAUCCAGAGAUCGGCACCGCCCCUCUGGAUGGCAGCGUCACCCCGAAAGCGGUGCUGGGUGACAACCACACCGCCACAGUGACCAUCUACGAUGACGAUCACGCAGGUAUCUUCACCUUUGAGAGUGCCAGCCAGAGGGUGAGCGAGAGCGUGGGCGUGAUGGAGGUGAAGGUCCUCAGGACGUCGGGGGCUCGAGGCCUCGUGGCCGUCCCCUAUCGAACCCUGGAUGGCACCGCUAGAGGGGGGGAGGACUACGAACUGGCGGCCGGGAAGCUGGAGUUUCAGAAUGAUGAGACCAUGAAGAUCAUCGAGGUGAAAAUUAUCGACGACGAGGAGUACGAGAAGAACAAGUCCUUCACCAUCGAGCUGGGAGAGCCCAUCCUGCUGGAGAUAGGACAGAAACACGGUGACUCCAACGAGAACAAGCCAGUGGUGGGAGCAGAGGAGGAAGAGGUGGCCAAGAUGGGCUGUCCCAGUCUGGGCGAACACACUCAAGUAGAAGUGGUCAUAGAAGAGUCCUACGAGUUCAAGAGAGCAGUGAAUACACUUUUAUGGCGGGCUGAACAGAGUACAGUAGAUAAGUUGAUCAAGAAGACAAACCUGGCUUUGGUGGUGGGAAGCAGCAGCUGGAGGGAGCAGUUUGUCAACGCUGUUACCGUUAGCGCAGGAGACGACGACGAGGAGGAGAGCGGCGAGGAGCGGCUGCCGUCCUGCUUCGACUACAUCAUGCACUUCCUCACCGUCUUCUGGAAGGUUCUGUUCGCCUUCGUCCCGCCCACGGAGUACUGGAACGGCUGGGCCUGCUUCAUCGUGUCCAUAUCGCUUAUCGGCGUCCUCACGGCGGUCACCGGCGAUCUGGCGUCGCACUUCGGCUGCACGAUAGGACUGAAGGACUCUGUGACGGCUGUAGUGUUCGUGGCGCUGGGAACGUCGGUGCCAGACACGUUUGCCAGCAAGGUCGCCGCCAUCCAGGACCAGUACGCUGACGCCUCCAUCGGCAACGUCACGGGCUCCAACGCCGUCAACGUCUUCCUGGGCAUUGGCGUGGCGUGGACCAUCGCCGCCAUCGCCUGGCGCUCCGACGGCAAGCGUUUCUUGGUGGACCCCGGAAACCUGGCCUUCUCCGUCACCCUCUUCACCAUCCUGGCCGUGGUAUGCGUGCUCACGCUGCUGUACAGGCGGCGGCCCUCUGUGGCCGGCGGCGAGCUGGGCGGGCCGCGGACUUGCAAGUUGCUGACGUCCUUCAUGUUCGUCACGCUGUGGCUGAUUUACAUCCUGCUGGCUUCCAUGGAGGCCUACUGCCAUUUUCCUAUGUUUUAAAAGGAGAAGGAGAGCGGAGGGAGAGAGACCCACUGCCAAUAUGAAGAGAAGGAGGGAGAGAGGUGCAGGAGAGACGGGGAGGAGGCAAAUCUUUAACGUAUUUCAGAUGUUUUUUCUCCUUAUAUUUAUUAACGAAGGGAGAACGUGAACCUUAAUGAAACACUAAAACCUUACAAUGCCCAAACAAAUGAUGUUGCCCUCAGACAAAACCUCAUCCUCAUUUAUCCAGAACGGAAACGGAAACGUUCCGCGAUGCUGAAAAUUACAACGCGCAUUUGAAGGAAAAGUGUCAUCAGCAAACAGUGGGACACACAGUUUAGUCUCAGUCGAGUGCGCUGGCAAGUCCGCCUUUGAAGGGGAAAGCUGAGAUGAAGGAUAAAGAUGAAAAAUAAAUGUGGAACAGAUGAGAAAGGCAGCUAGAAGCAACAGAAGGAGAUAAAAAGAUGAUGAUGGGGAGAACGGAGAGAAGAAGAAGACAAGGAAUAAAGUAGAAGAAGAAGCGAUGGGUAAAAAGAGAUCAUCUGCAGCCCCUCCUCCUCCUCCUCCUCCUCCUCCUCACUCCGUCUCUCGCUCCCUCCAUCUUCUCAGUCGUCACGGGAACCGGGGACCCUCCGAUCACAACCUUCGAACUGAACUGUAUCCGACGCCGUCAGCGACUUCUCUCUCAAAGCGUGUUUUCCCUCAAACCUCUUCACACACAGACACAAACUCCGCGGGGCCCUCAGGUGAUUCUGCAGCAGAGGACCACUCACCAACUUGCAGGCGAGACGAAAACUGACCAUUUUCUUUUUCCUUUUCUUCCUGGAUACACUGUGCAAAAUACCCCCACGACACCACACGGACACCCACACACGCCACAAGACUCUCUCCUCCGCCCCCUCCCUCUUGCCUUACUUUUAUCUCCACCCUAGGAAUAGUCUUAAAGUUGUGGUAAUGAAACUCUGUAGUCGCCACCGAUCCAGCCCUCUUUUUAAUCGAGCCGAUCUCAAGUCCUCCUCCAUUUUACGCCGCCCCCGCCCCCCCGUAAACACUUUAUUUCCUAAACUUUUUAAUGGCGUCACGUGUUGAUGUUGUUACCGUGCAAUUGUAAAGUUAAAAAAAAAACACGAACAAAAAAAAAACAACAAAACGUAUAUAUAAAUACAACGUGAUAAGAUGAAAGUUGAGUGACUUGAAGGUGUUUCAUUAGCACCUGGAAGAAGAAGAAGAAGAAGAAGAAGAAGUGUGUAGUGCAGACGCAUUAUGCACUGCAGAUUGUGAUGUGCACCGUUUACACGUUGAAGUACGAGAGGGGGGCCAACAACCAGAGCCAAGUGGGGACUCGCGCUAUGUGACGCCAAGAGUUAUCAAUAAACACAACACGGGGAAGGAGCAAUCGGAAUGAAGCAGCGCGCAUGGCGACCGUCACCGCGGCGACGCCAGUGUUGUCGACGACGAAUCAAAUCUGUGACCAUACCCAGUGUUUCUAAUUGUACAUGGUAAUAUAAGAAACUUUUAUUCUUGUGUGUGAGAAAACCUUGGUAUUUUAUUUAGUCCUCCUCUUUGUCAGGAAAACCGUGUUCGUUUAUUUGUUUUUCUCUGACACAAUGAGAGAAAAGACGCAGAAAGGGGAAAGCGGGAAAAGGAAAACGUACGGCAGCUCUGAAAUAUCACUGUUCCGCUUCAGCUGACAACUACAAAAAACAAAAAGAAGAAGAAGAAGAACGCGAGUCUCGUUAUCCAAAGAACUGAUAGAAGAACAUUGUCACAGAUCACUUCACAGGUAGAGCUGCUUCGCUUUGCUUCGCUUUGCUUUGCAGACGUUGUCCCACAAAGCUCCACGACUAAACGUGCUCGAUGACCUGCUAUAUUUUAUGGGGUAAAACUGUGCAGUGUAUUUUCACGAAAAGUUUGUUGUCUCAGGCAUUGGUGUGUGUGUGUGUGUGUGUGAGUGAAAGUGACAGUGAGAUGACGGGACGUCUAAAUUUGACAACGCUGCGGCACGUUGUCGUGCGAAAGUGUUGAAGCCCAGAUUUACUUCAUGUGGUUUAAUACCUGGACUGAAGCCGGACAGAAGGGAUGGCUUGUGGCAUGUCAGCGCGUUCUCCCUCAUUAGCAGCGGUAAAGAAAAGAGAAACUCCUCUGCCUCUCGACUGUACAUGCUGCCAUGCUGAUUGUACGGGAACCAGGAGGAAAAUCCUCCCGAGAGAAAACAAUAAUUUACCUUUUCCUUAUCUCUCGGAGAGGAAAUAGGACCGAAAACAACAAUUUACCUGCCCACCUUCCCCUUUGUUAAAUAUUGAGAAAUUACCCUUUCAGCGCCGUGUAAACGCAGGCGUCUGACGUAACCUCGCCGAGGUCAGUGCUUGUGAAAAUGCGAAACAGAUGCACACUUUUAACACGUUUUUUUGACACUUUAGCUCCUGUUGCUUUGUGAAAGCUGCAGAGAGGAGGUGGAAACGAAUUACGCGCAGCAGAAAAAUCUGUGAAAUCAGCAGUUGAAGCGAUUUCCUCAAAACAGCUGUUUUUUUCUUCCAGCCCACGUUCAUUCAUCGACGGAAAGAGUCUGGCCACCUGCCAUGCUGCUCUUACUCUAAUUCAAGGGAUCGGUGCGUUGGCAGCAAAUAUAUUUAACGUCGCCGUCUAGAAAACAGGCGCGACGUCACCACCUCGUAGAAGAGCUGCCCCGGAGCAUGGAGGGAUUUAAGGCGCCACAUCUCUAUAUCCCUGUGACAGCUGAACACUGGGUCAUCUGUUUGUUAGGAAAAAAAAGACCACACAUACGCUCACUUGCCGCUUUAUAAGGUACACCUGUUCAAUUGCUUGUUCUAAUCAGCCAAUUAAGUGGCUGCAAUUCAAUGCAACCACACUAGGUGUCACUCCUGUCAGCUAAGAACUGAGACUACAGUUCACAAAUAUAAUAGACGAUUGGAAAAACGUUGCCUGGUCUGAGUCUCGAUUUCAGCUGUGACAUUCAGAUGUCAGGUCCAGAAUUUCUAAACAACACGAAAGCAUGGAUCCAUCCUGCCUUGUAU